AUGGAUGCCCCGCAUUCUUCUGUUCUCAUAGACUCCCAAUCUCGUCCAGUUUCGUCAAGUACGUCGCGUAGUUUUAUGACUGGCUCAUUUAUUGAUUCUGAUGUGAUACGAGAACACCGCGCUUUCAUAGGAAAUGUUGCGCCUGAUACUAGUAAACCAAAACUUAAAAGGAUACUUGAAGAUCAAAUAGGAGCGGUGCGCUCUCUCAACAUGGUUGUUGAUAAGCAUUGUGCCUUUGCUGAAUUUGCAACACGAGAAAUUUUCAACAUGGCCGUUAGCAUUGGAUUUGUCGUGGUAGAUGGACGUAGAUUGAAAAUAGAACAAACGAAAGAACAAACGAAAUCACAGAGUGUCAGAGAUGGGGGUCGAAACAGGAAACGACGAUGA